AUGAUAUAACCGCAUGCAAAACAUUAUAGCAAGAAAAAUAACUCUCUCUUCUAGCUAGUAGAACUCAAUCAAUCGGUUGAUUUGCUAGUUGAUGAUGAAAUGGAAAAGUAGGAUUUGGCUAGCACUACUUAGAGAGUGAAAAUUCAUCAAAUCAAUGAAGAAUUUCAGAGUCUAGUAGAAAACAAGGUUGAUUUUGAUAUCUCCUAAAGUGAAAAUAUAGAUUUCCAAUCUUCUGCGCAUUCAAAAAAUAACAGCGACUCAGCUCAAAUGAUAAGAGGGAUAUAGGAUAUGGUGUAGUUAAAGAAUAAAUAGGAGAUGAGGAAAUCUACAAAAAUAACAGACAGUAUUCUCAAGUCUGCUAAGAAAGAUAAACGGUUCUCAAUAGAAGAUGAAGAAACUAAAGACAUGCUAUAUAAAUUUCUAGAAGUACAAUCAUAGUCUCUAUCAAUCAAAGAUCAUGUAUAGAAAUUGAAAGAUUUCACAAAGUCACAAAAGCUGAAAUUCCUUGGCAUGCAUACUUGGUUUGUUUACUCAGAUGUUCUCUACAACUUAGAAAUAAAAGAAGAUGAUGAAUUCCUUGGAGAAUACCAAUUUGGUGCUGAUUUAAAAGUGUACUCUGAAUUUUACAAAAAAAACCAACCAUCUAAAUUCAAAGAUGAACAAGGUCAAGAACUUAUUCAAGAUUUCAAUAUCUAUCAAUACAGAGAUGACGUAGAAUAAUGGAAAUAAUACAAAUUCUAAUUGGUGCUUUAUAGCAUACCUUUCUUUUAGAAAGUAGGCACAUUAAACCUACCUUUGGAAACAGGCCAUCCGAACAUGAUUUUCAGGGUUAUUAAGCACAAUAAAUUUUUAAUUCAUGACAAUAAAUCAAUUCUAAUACUAAACCUUGAAAAAACACUUGGAAAAUCAGCGUUCACAACUAAAACCAUUCAGCUAGUAACAUAUCAAGGGCAGAGUGAAUUUGACAAAUAACUAUCUGACAGUACUCAGACUCAAUUACUAUUGUCAUAUAUUGGAAAGAAUGAGUUGCUAUUAUUUGGAUACGACUAUUACCUUGAAGAUAAAGAUGACUAAUCUUAGCUAAUAUGUAAUAGUCCAAACACUAUUAUUAAUAAAGGGUUAAUUAUCAAUAGAAAAGAAUUGUAUAAAGUUGAAGGAACAAUAAAGAAACUUAACAUUGAGACAUAACUUCAUGAGAAUUUCUUUAAUAUUCUCUAAACUUAGCAUGCUUAAUUUGACUCUUACAACAAUCAAAUCUAUUUCUACAUUGACAAAACCACAGCAGAAGGAAAGGAUCUAUUUAGAGUACAUCUAUCUGAAAGAGACCAUUAGGUUACUCACCCCAUAAUGGAAGGUUAAUAUGCCAAUAAUCCUAUUGACAUCUAUCUUAACUAUAUUUAAGAUGACUAUUUGAUUUGUUGCUUCAUCAACAGUGAUGACAAUAGUAGCAAAUAUCUUGAGAUUAUAAAAUUUGAUAUACAGUAUCAACUUAAGGUUUUGGGUUAUGAGCAAAUAGAAAUGAAACAGAUCGAAAAGAUCCAGAGAAAAUUUUUAAGAGAAAUCAAAAAGGUUCCAGUUAAUUAGCAAAAUAAGCAUUUAUUGAUAAGUACUAUGUAACUAACUGCGACUAUAUGA